AAUUUCCACCGCCAUUUCGUCGCCCGUUGCAUUGUCGAGGCAGCGAAUCACCACCACUAUCACCCCCAUAGCCACAACCACCACGAAGAUACCCACCGUAAUCACCACGAGGACCAUCGACACCACCAUAAUCACGGCCGCGACCACCAUCAUCACCAUCACGGAGACGAGUUAGAAGAGCUAACCGGCGCGCAGAAAGCUGUGAUUAGGUUUUCGGAUGCGGUGAGAUGGACGAAUCUCGCCAGUCUGCCGAGGGAGGAUCACUUGCAGCUCUGUUGCUGCUCAGCGGCUAUGUUUCUCGCCGCUGCUAUUUGUCCCUACCUUGCGCCAAAAUCCGUGGAUUGAUCUUAUUUUUUCGCUAGAAACGGAA